AUGAAGGCCAUACUCACAAACAAUGUAAGCCUUGAGGAAGGAGCAAUGAUGAUUACAAAAGAGUGUAGCGCCAUACUUCAGAAUCGCAUGCCAGAGAAGCUGAACGACCCAGGGAGUUUUGUUUUAUCUUGCAAGAUCGGUUCUACACACUUCCAUAGAGCACUUUGUGAUUUGGGUUCUAGUGUGAACUUGAUGCCUUACUCAGUGGCCAAGCUAUUGGGCAUCACUGAUUUCAAACCUACAAAGAUAUCCCUAGUCUUUGCAGAUCGAUCUGUUCGCCGCCCUGUUGGUGUUAUUAUGGAUGUUCCAAUCAUGGUUGGAGAUUGCUACAUUCCUGCUGACUUUGUAGUUCUUGAUCUCGAACAUCAACCUAAGGACCCCCUUAUCUUGGGAAGGCCAUUCCUAGCUACUGCAGGAGCCAUUAUAGAUGUCAAGAAUGGAAAGAUUGACUUGCAUCUUGGAGAUAUAGUGAUGAAUUUCGAGGUGAACAAAUCCAUGGAGAAACCAAUUGUAGAUGUUUUGACAAAGGCUGAAAACGAGUUUGGAUACAUGGAGAGAGAAGCUCAAGGCCUAGUCAAAUUUAUGGAUUCUAUGGAAGCAUACAAAGAACUGGUGGCUUACAUGGACCUAGAGAGAGAAGAGGCGGAGCCACUCACUGACGAGAGUAAAGCAAUUCCAGAAACCAAGGUUAAGUUCGACCCAUGGUGCCCACUUAGAGCCCCAAAAGCCGAGCUCAAGCAACUCCCAGUUCGUUUAAGGUAUGAAUAUCUCGGCCCUAAUAAAACAUAUCCUGUUAUUGUUAAUGCUGCACUAACAAAAGAAGAGACCGCUUUAGAAAGGCACAGACGUUCCGAGAAGCGCCACAAAACGUUGAGGCGCCUAGGUGCAUUAGCCACAUUCUCUGCCCACGCCUGUGAAGGUUCACGCUCAUCCGGAAUCACACAGAAACUAGAUGAACGCCUUCACCCGGGCACUACAGUCCAUCGCGGUACCCGGUUCAUCCUUCCAUCUAUUGGCCUUACUGGCGCACCAUGCCAAUGUCUGGUUGGAUCCCAUAUCGUCAUAUGGUACCAUACUCGGCCAAGGCAGCUGACCAGGUUAUCCUCCGAGUCUUCCUCCCUUCAUGCACAGCCUCCACGCUGCCAAUCCGGUUGGGCUCUGACGUGCGAGAAUGCGCUUGACUACACCUUCCUAGACAACAUGUGGUUAGACACGCCACAUGUUCUCAGUACUUAG